AUGCGCUCCCAUCCUUGCUGCUUUUUGUGCGGCAAACCAUUCCAGUAUCUCACAAAGUAUGGAGUUCGAACUUGGAAGGCACAUUGCCAACAUUUAGCGCUUGAGGAGGAUAGCAGACAUGUAAACUCAUUGCGUCGCCUAUGGUAUGGUGCCGAAAACGUGACACAUUCGCUCUGUUGGGAUGCGGUGACCAAGGCUGUCGGAACGGAAGUUACAGAUCAUGAAUGGCUCGAAAGAUUCCGUCAGCUCCUCCUUCAGAUAGGACCUUUUCUUACCCCUAUAUCUUUUCCAGACGAACCUCUAGUACCGGAUAGUAUCCUGUACACAGUCCCAAAACCAGCGGAGCGAAUACAGACUAGCAACACUGUACUUCCAUACGAAAUCAUUCAACUUAUCUAUAGAUACUUUGAUAGCUAUCUCGAUAUAACUCAUUUUACAUGGGUAGUUGGCAUUGAGCCGGGUCGAGAUAUAUGGCUCAACCUUGGCCGAAAAUACCUUGCUUACGGAUCACCUUUCUUCGAAGGGUCUGUUGACGAGGUAGCUGUUAAACUUAGGAGGCUUAUCCACAAUCUCCAAAGCCACCCAGAUGAUUUGCCAAAUAUUCAGAACUACACAGUAAUCUGGGAUAACAUUGAGAUUUUGCUCUCAAAGGCAAAGCAACGUUUACUUGGGGCAGAAGAUUGCUCUACAUCGGAAUACCAAGUGCACUAUGUAUCCACACCGCGGAUUUUGUUCGAAAAGGAGAUUCGCCUCAGUGAUACGUUAAUGGUAUCAUUGAGGUUUAACCAUGUCCUUGAUCGCUCUUACCUAUGCGGCCUCCAGUUCAAUGAUGAAUUUUUUGGAUAUGAAGGCGAGUUUGCUAUUAACAUAGAUUUGAAACAACUCUGCGGGCUGCAGCUUGCAUCAGACAAGGAAGGCAUUGUGGCGCUAAAAGUAAAGGAUGGUUUAAUUUGGGAGUCCCACUGGUAUGGCAGUGACCGCAACUCAUGCAGGCUUGAAUAUACCAAGAUAGAAUGGCCUCUUGGCACUUCCACCAAAUUCCACAUCGCUUUUGAUGCUUUUAAAAUACACGCCUUAUCACAUAUUCAUGGCGAGGCUCAGUGCAACCCUCUAUCCUGGAUUUCGGGGCUUCCGCCAGACGGCCUAGUUCCAGAUAUUCUGGUUAAAUGCCAACCUACAGGUAAUACCUUGCCCGUUAGCUACGUUGACAAGCCUCUGAAAGCGGCGAAUGUUGUAAGUGCGUUUGUCAGCACUGAGACUCAGGCUAUUUCCGGGUUCGAGUUUCUACUUGAAAACAACAAGAUUACUAUUGGCAAACCCGAGGGGUCAAAACUAUCAAUUGAAGCGCAAUCCCAAUUGGGGGAAUUAUUUACUGGAUUGGCCUGUACGGAAGGCCGUAAGGAGUCAAGCGUAGCGGUGAAGGUAAGCAACUUCCUUCCGUCCAUAUCUAUGGCGUAUUACUAG